AUGUCAAACAGACGAUUGCAAACCCUUGUUGAGGCCAGCAAAAGAGGCCUUACCUUACAUUUUGAUCCACCGGUGGUCAAAAACCGAUGCUUCUAUCGCUGUUUAGCGAAGUCCUUGGGAAUGUCAGAAGACCAUGUGGUGGAAAUGCUCGAAUCGUUCAUGAUUUCCAACCAAGUUAUUUCCUGUUUAAACAAGGUAUGAAUCUAUUCACACUAGCCUGAUUUAAGAAAUCGUACGCUAUCAGAAGAAGUAACUUGUACGCGCACAAAACAUGUCGACGUUAAGUUGCCUGUUUUAUACCUUCGUGAUUGAGGCUUUCGUGGAAAAAUAUUUGGAUUUCGUGUCACAGUGGCUUGUCCGCAAACGACAAGAGAAACUUGUUGAGAUUUUUAAAUGUAAGUUUUCUAAUUUUAGAAAGUUUUCCAGUGCUUUAUAGAAGCAACUAUAUGAUAUCAUGUAUUAAAAAAUCAAUUAGAAGCCAAAUUAUGCGGCAAACAAAAAAAUGCAUUUUGCAUGCAACAAACACUGAGUUGACUUUGUGCUUCGUUUUGUGAAUUUAAAUGAGUUAUCUCUAAUACGCAAGUUAUAGACGGAAAAGUUAUGAAUAUCUUUGAAAAUGUCACAAUUCUCCAAAGAGAACGUUGCCUGCGCAGUGUUCAUAUUAUCUAUUAGUUUUUAUACGAUCCUGGGGGCGGGGCAUUUGCCAGCUUAUGCGUUCCCCACCCUGGGGAAUUUGCCAACAAAAUGCUAAUGCCCCGGGGUUAGCCUGGGGGGAUGAGCACUGUUGGAAUUGACUGAUGCAUAUAAGUGAGUUUACCAGAAGGUUUGAAACUCGACCAUCACCCUCACCCCUUUAAUAUUUAACAACUGAACCAAGGCAAAUAUACCCUGAAACAAAGUGAAGGAGAAUAUUUGCAUUGAUUCACUGUGCCCGUGGCGAAUAAUUGUUUUAGUAUAAUUUCAGAGGAGAUUAUCGACUACAAAAUAUUGAAAGAAACACAGAGAAAACACACGCUACAAGAGCUUGCUUGAAUGAAUGUACUCCAGUUCACUAUAGCCUAAUUGAUUGCAAAUCAACUUAACUACCAAUUGUGGCAGUAAAAUGAAGAGCAGUAUUAAAAAAAAAAAUGAUGCUUUUCGAAAAAACAAUAAUUUCAUUCAGAAACUGUCCGCCCUGUUUACUCGCCUGCCUUGCGUGGCUAAGUGACCAAGGCUUGAAAUGCUAUAAUCACCUUGGGCCAGGGGGAAUAUAGUCACAUAUGCAUAAAUUCUCUACCAAUCAGAAUGCUUGAUUUCUUAUAAUCACCUCUGAAAUGACAGAAUCUCUUUUCUUACAAAUUGGAAUGUUUUUAUUCAUAGGAUGGUGAAGUUGAAGAAAAGGACUUGUUUCAGUACUUGUCUGACGCAGACUUCCCUAGGCUUGGGAAGAGGCCAUCAUCAUGGCUUCAGGCUGUGGAAGGUCUGCGUAAUGAAAUGACAACACAUAUUGCCAUUCUUUCUGCGGCAGCAUUAUUUGCAUUGGAGAUGCACAUUAUUGACUGGGAAGGGGUUAGUCAUUUUGUAUUCUGUUUAAAAUUGAAUAACUCUGGGUAUCCAGUUCCCUAUCUUCAUACUACAUUACCAGUAAUAGCUCUGUCCAUCUAAUUUUGACCUUUCGCUGUGAUUAUGUUCUUAGAGAACAGAAAUUGUGAGAAAUCCAUCUGGCCAAACAUAUGCCAAAAUCUUCUUGGCAUAUACUGGUGACCACUACAUGCUUCUGCGGCCCAGAAAUGAUGCUCCCCAAAUAUCUAAAGCAACUAGUAAGUGAACUUUUUAUAUUUCUUUAGAGAUCUUUUGUCUUGUUUUUUUUUUUUGGAUCAAACUUGUUGUUGCUAUCCUUGUGAUUUGAUAAUACAGUAAAAACCCGCAUAUAAGAACACUUAUUUUAGGAUUCAGGCGAAUCAUGUUCUUAUUUAGCGGAUGCUUAGUGAGAAAUCAGCCUGAAAUUGUUAAAAUUUGUUGUAUGGCUCUUACAGUUUGUAUGGUACAGCACACCAAAGUAUUAUAAUUGCUUUUAAAGGCCAUUUACACUAGAUGCAGUGAUUUUUUUUAACACCAGCAUAAACACAAUCCCCUAUUUAUGCAGAAUAGUUCCAGACAAAAUUUUAUUAUACAGUGUAAUGCUUUGCAUUAGUGAUGUUCCUUGAUAUGCUUGACAGUUAUCACACCAUUAGCUGAUUAUGAAUAUCAUUGUCAGGUACUGAAAAGCAUCGUAAUGCACCUCAGUUUCACCAUGAUGGCCCAGAAGAAUAUAAUCCUGGAGUGAGCAUUUUUAAGGGAACCCCGUUGAAGGUAAGCUACGAGUUCUUGUGUCAUAAAUUAUUCAUUUGCUCUUAAAUGUGAUAAUUUGUUUGUCAAUAUGUGGAUAGUUGACUGAACUAUUGCAAUUUUGCAUUCGUUAUUGUGUUCAGUCCAUUCAGUCAUUUUAAUGCCUUUUUGACAGCUUGAUGCCUCAAAAGGAGCUGCUGAUUGUUUGACUUCUUCGAGCGAUUCAGAGGUUGACAUGGAGCAAGAGUUUCGCACCACUAUGGAUGUUAAAGAGGAAAUUGGUCCAGUUGAAACUACUAGUAUGGUAGGUCAUUUUUUUGUCUUCAGAGGCAUUAUUUAUUAUCUUCCUGGUAAUUUAGUUAUUCCCCUUUUUACCACUGGCUGGAAUUCUGUCAUUUAUUUAAGGUGGCUUACUGCUGUCUUUACUGCUAUAAUGCUAUAAUGUUAUGUCUGACAUCAAUGUUGCUCGCACUGACAAAAUUGCAUUAGCAAAUCUCAAAAGAAACAAAAACAACUUUCAACACGUUUUACAGUCUGACUUGUUACCUGGGUCACCCGGACAAAGAUAACCAAUCACAAAGCAGAACAGCAUCUUUUCUUUUCUUUAGCCAAUGAAAUAUUAGAUUGAUUGAUUUUUAAAUAUAACGGUGGCUGUAUAAUUUUGGCUGUACAGUGUGAUUUGUCAACUUUGUCUGGGUGACCACUGUAACAGUAGUCAAACUAAUGUCGUAUACUGUAAAGAAGUGAAAUACAUUCUGGUAGGUGCUUAAACCCAUUAUAGGGAAAUCUAUAUAUCCUUAAAAGUUUACCUUCAUUAUUAUAUUCAUUUACUUUUUUUAGGGCUCUCCAAAUGUCAUCAUUUUAAGUUCUGGCGAUGAAACCUCAGGCGACCAACUGUUCAACAGAAGGAAGCAUAAAAAGACAAAACAGGUGACAGUUGUAAGCUCGGAUGACGAAAGCUCUAUGGAAAGAGACAGAAAAGAGAAAGAAAGAGGAAGGAAGCGUAAGCGACAACGAAAAGUUACGGUAACAACGCCUUUUACCACAAGAAUGUUACCUGCAAACUAAAUAAGUAAAACCCAAGAUCCAUACUUACCUUGACCUUGCUUGAUUAUGUUUCAUACAAAGAAGACUGAAAAUACCAGUAUCACCACGGCCCAACCUAUUUUAAAAGUGUUUACCCUAAUGGGCCACUUGUCUUGUAUGCAGACUUUAACUACCUUUACCUUAUUAAUUUAUAAUAUUUCUUAUUUAUUUAUUUAUUUAUUUAUUUAUUUAUUGCAGGAGGAUGUGCUUGAAGAUUUAGCAAACAGUUUGAGAGGCUUAAGUUCCAAUGAAAACACGCCAACAAAAAAGGUGAAAGUUCUCAAAAUUGAAGAAGAUGAAAGAAAAAGCACCAAGAAAGCUCUUUUUGAUGACAAGUGAGUUUACACAAAUUUAAUGGAAAAUGCUUCAAUUUUGAUUGUUGGAUGGUUACUUAAUGCAGCAGCAAGAGUUUUUGCUUCAGAGAGUUCGAAAGUUAGAUUAUACAGCAUCAUAGGCAUGCACUGCGUGCAGAGAGUUAGAUUAUACAACAUCAUAGGCAUGCAAUGCACACAAAUUAGAUGAGACACAGUGAUCGAACUUUUCUCGUUUUUGAUGUAUCAUUUUGUCCUUUUCAGGGAAGGUAUGCUUAUACAGAAAGGUAACAGGACAUAUCUGAACCAGGAGGAGAUUGAUGACAUGGAAGAUACCAUGGUUAAAGCAGUUCCACCCACUCCCAAUGGCCCAGCUAAAUAUGAAGUCCUGUACAAUGAGAAGGACCCUCUGUCAGCUGUUGCAGAUGACUGGAACUGGGGUCGCGCACAGCCAUGUAAAAGAAAGGAUUUCUGUGAGGGAGGAAGACGCACCUUACAGAUCUGUCAAGGCUCCAUGGAAUGCCCUAAUCUUUCCUGUCCUUUUAAGAAGAUCCACAAAGCAACUAAUAAGGUUGACUUCACUAAGAAGAAAACCUGUUUACAUUGCAAAGCAGUAGCAUCAGAAAUAAAAUGUUCUGCGCGCAAAUAUGUGGAAAAUGACAGGUGCCACACAAAAAUGAAAGUGAUUUACAUCGGUGAGCACUCUUGUCAACCAAGGGUACGAGAGAGGAAGCCUGACAAAAGCAAAGUUGAAAAGGUUGUGCGUGUUCGACCCACCAUUACGCCAGGUCAGCUACAAAUGGAGACUGUAAGGGAAGCCCUGUUAAGUGGAAAAAGUGGAGAGGAGGUUGCUGAUGUUGCCAUGCAGUACAGCAACAGAAGGCACCUCCAAUACAUUCAAACUAAAAUGCAAGAAACAACAAGACCUGGCGGAUCAGACAUUGAAGCUGUGCGUGUCUUAAAGGAGGACUUUGCGAAGCGUGGUUUAGACAACAAUUUAAUACUUGAAGUUGGCCAUGACUUUGUCAUUCUUUCUUCCGAAGAGAAAAUUCGUCUUGGGGCCCAUAUAACACUGGGCAUGGUUCAUGAGCCAGUAAGUUUGGAUGGUUGUGAAAGCCAUGCAAAAAACUACUCAGAGGUUGAAAUGACAACCUAUUAUCCUCUAAUAAGAAGAAACGUUAAGCUUGUCAGUAUGUUUGCCCCAAAGCCUGGCGAGAAUUCGGAUAACGUUGCAAAGAUGGUUUCAUCAUUUGAUGAAGCAGUUAACAAAAUUUUACCUCGUGUGGCUGAAGAGCAUGGCCACAAUCCAGAAGACUUCAGAGGGCGUGGCUUGGAUGCCCAUGCGUAUGUUGGGGAUGAGGGUGGUGCCCUCUGGAGUGGCCUUUGCAAGGCCAAAGGCAACGAUGUCAAAGACAGAACAGUAUCAGACACUUAUCAUGUUAAACAGGACAUACAUCGCCACCAAAAAGUACUUCAGGGAUGCAUCUGA